UGUGUGGGUGUGCUUGCUGAAAUAUACAGAUAACAUUCAGAAGUUGGGUUCAGGUGAAAGUUAAACAUUAACAGGUUUUGUUUGGACCUGCGGUACACAGACAUUCACACCUUCACAGUGUAAGACAACAGACUCUAACAUGACGGAUUUCGGGGAGAUCCUGAGGCACAUUGGAGAGUUUGGAUUAUUCCAGAAGCUCACUCUGCUUGCACUCAGCUUUCCAAAUUUGGUUCAGGCUUUUGCUUUUGCAAGUUUUCUUUUUGUGGAGUUUGAUCCGGAUCGACACUGUAACACAGACUGGAUCCUCAGUGCUGAUCCUGACCUGAGCACAGAGGAGCAGCUGAACCUGACUCUGCCCCGGAGGGAGGAUGGGACCUUCAGCAGGUGUAGGAUGUUCAAACCUGUGGACUGGAGCAUUAGUGCCAUCAGGGAGCACGGACUAAAUGAGACCACAGGGUGCCAGAAUGGAUGGGUGUACAUCAACAACAUGUAUGACAGGACUGUGGUCACUGAUUUUAACCUAGUGUGUGACAACACUAACUUGGUGGAAGUGAUACAGGCGGUGUUCAUGGCCGGCGUUCUUAUUGGUUCCCUCAUAUUUGGACCUUUUGCUGAAUCGUAAGUAAAUACUAUGCAGAUGUUUUUUUUCCUCUUUCAUGUUAAGAAAUAACCACACACAUAUUCCAAGUAUGUAUAUAAUUUUAUCAUAUCAACAAGGGCAAAUGUGCAAUAGGCCUAUCUAUGACAAUGUGCACACAUGUACAUGUUUUCAAGUGGUAAAAGACACACAACCUUCAAACAUAAAGGGGUGCUGGGCUAAAUAAUAAGUGGCAGGGGGCCACACCCACUACCAUGCCAAAAGGACAAACUGUAAAUUUUUGGCCCCUGUGCUAUAUUUCAGCCACCUUGAGCAAAUAUUUUGGGGUGGAGGAAUUUAACAGCGAGACUCAACAACGGGUUUUACAUCUGUUAACUCAACAACAGGUCAGGAUAAAAACACCACUAGUGUCUGUGCGUCUUGGAAUUAUAAAGCAUUGAUUAGUCUCUCUGAAUGGAUCAGGAUGGGUUUGAAAGUGUUAAACAUUGUUUCUAGGAGUUCAGUUCUACAAUGUUUAGGUUUCAGGAAAAAUGUAACUGUGUUUCAGUGAGCCCCAUAAAACUAAAAAACAUCAAUACUGCAACCCUAGCAAGAAAGCUUGUUUUUUUUUUUUGCCGAUUCAAGCAAAAUACAUUGACAUCUAAAAAAAAGUUAAGGUAUUUCAUUAUUUCAGGUCAAGAAGGCAUGUAUUUACUAUACAUGCAUGGAGCCCAACAAAUUGACUGUACAUUGCCAUGGCAUGCAUAGCAAGGGGACACGUUUCAUACUGACACACUUUAGCCAGUUUAUUGGGGAACAGGUAUAAAGAAAUCCCUCUGUGUUGUCUAAAAAAGGUCCUUCAAAGUCUCAAAGUUUUCUUGAACAAGGUUCUGCAGCAGCUGUGAGACUCCUUGACACGUUGUGUAUCCGUUCUUCUCUUUCUGUUGCAGGUUUGGUCGCAAACGAGCAAAUCAAAUCCCUAUGGUUAUAAUGUUUGUUUUUAUCAUAGCAGCAGCACUAAGCCCAAAUUUCUACCUGUAUUUAGCCUUCCAGCUCAUAGUGGGAGUUGGAGCUGGAGGUUUUCGAGUCAACUGUAUCAUACUGUGUGAGUACUCUCAGUUCCUAUAACACAUUUAACUCUACUUAUUACAUAUCAUGAAUUUCAAAGACCUUUAGAUAAAUACUUUAUAAUAUACCUGAGACAAUAAAUUAAAGAAACCUACAUGAUGGAAAUUCAAUAGUUGAUGGCAAUGUCAUUAUUUAAAAAUGAGCUGAUUAUGAUGUUUAUCCUUUAUACUGUGAAUAAAAUCAAAAUAUGUGAAAUGUUCCCAUGUUACUAAAACAUGCUGUGUAUGAUUCUUGACUCAGCCACUGA